GAUCGGUUCAUCAUAAGUAUAUGGAAUAACAACUGCGACUGUCGCCGGAGCCGCGCCGCUCGGAAGCGAAUUUGCGUCUGUUACCGCUGCGACUCUUGACGCAGCUGCCGUUGCGUCAGAGCCGCUUUGCUCGGAAAUCCAGCUUACUCAACUGGUGCUCUCCAUGGCGUCCAACGUGUAAAACAAGGUCACUUAUUUAAGAUCAUCUCUGGCCCAUCUAUUGUUUUAUUUUUCUUCUCGGGCUUCACUGGCUGGCACCCCGGGCCGCCAUGGAUCCCCAUGUGAUGUUGGACGUUAAAUGAAAUAACUACCCAACAAGCAAAAUAAUCCUGGCAUGUGAUUUUAUAGUCCUGUUUGGACUUAUAUGGCUACUAUAAUGGUUUCAGAAUAUGCCACCGCACUUAUAUCAGCAUAUAUUAAUCUUGUUUUUACUCAAGUACGCUUACUCUUACAAUUUGGACUUAUAUCGGUAUAUAGGAUCACAAUUCAUGGCUACUACUGGACUUAACCUCCUAUAAGAGCAUGUAUUAAGAUUAAUUACUCUCAAGAGGAACUACUCCGACAACCCAGACUUAUAUGCGCAUAUAGGAUAUCGCUUUAAGCGCAUUUUAAUCUCCAGGCUCCUAUAUGAGCAUAUUCGAGGAAAAUAUGCACUGAGGAACAAUCACUCUUUUUAGUCUUACUUAUAGUCUCAUAUAAGCAUUUUUUCUGUGACCAAUAUAAGUCAAUUCAAUUUAGACUACUAAAGAGCACUUAGGUUUAAAGUUUGUAAUUCAUAUUAACAUCAAAUGGAUUUUAUUCCAUAGAAAAGAUAUAAUCGAAUAAAUCUAAAAAACCCUCGUCGGAAAUCUUUAAAGGCUACUUUUGAUCGAAAUAACCUAUAUAAGCAAAAGCGAGCUUAUGACGGUUUCACAAAUCCGGAAAAACUUAUAUCACGACUCUGUAGGCAAAAACACACUUUAUAUGGGUUUAUCAUAUGCCGAUAUAAGCCAAGGUCGAUUUACAGAGGCAUUCCACAGUAGCAUUAUAAUCUAAAAAAUCCAGAAUAAUCCUGGUUAGAACCCUAAUAAGGCCAAUUUUGCUUUAAAUCACCAAUAUAAGAAAAAAUGAGCUUUAAACGGUUUUACGAAUCCAGAAAAGCUUAUAUCAGGACUCGUUAGGCAAAAAUGCACUUAAUAGGGGUUUGUCAUAUGCCGAUAUAAGCCUGGGUAGAUUUAAAUGGGUAUUUCAUAGUAGUGCUAUCGUCUUAGAAACCUUAAAUCAAUCCUGGCUAGAACUCUUCAAAUGCCACUUUUUCUGGAAACAACCGAUAUAGUCGAAAACACGAUUUGAAUGGUUUUCCAAAUCUUACUGUAGGAUUUGUGGCCAGCCAUUAUUGAUCACUCAUAAUUCACGAUUUGUUCUUUGUUGUUCUGAAUGAUAUAAAAAUGGAUUUAGAUCAGUGGAAGCGGUUUAAAAAGAGUGGUUCUUAUAAACGAAAGGUUAAGAAAACCUACCAGGAAAUGUUAACCGGAGUGAGCACUGACUUUUUAAAUUUAUCGGGUAAAGACUGCAUCGCAAAUUCAGGUGAGGGUUCCGGACAAAAUAACUUUAGUAGUACUUCGGAUGGAAGGGGUUCGGACUAUGAAAGCAAUAAUGAAAAAUCAUCAAGCGAUUAUGAAAGCGAUGAAAAGGAGGAAAAUCUUUCUGAUUACAACAAAAAUUUCGAAUUGCGUUAUUCUAUGAAAAACUGGGCUUUAAAUUACAAUAUUUCUCAUGCUGCUUUGAACUCUUUACUUCAAAUUGUAAAUAUCAGAUUAAACGACGUUUUACCUCGAGAUGCGCGAACACUUCUAGGCACAAACAGAGAAAACCUACAAAUUACCAUUUCAGCCCCAGGACACUACUGGCACAAUGGCCUGAUCAAAUGUUUGAAAAGAAUUUUCGAAAAUGUUUCGUGUCUACCAAAUGAAAUUUCUCUAAACAUAAAUAUUGAUGGACUACCAGUUUUCAAUAGUUCGCGAUACCAAUUUUGGCCCAUAUUGUGUACCGUCUUCGAGAUACCAAAUUUGGCUCCGUUUGUUGUUGGUAAGUAACAAAACAUCUUUAUUAACUUAAAGUAGGUACUUAAAAAGUAGUAGUAGUGUUUUUCUUAUGAUACUUACUUAUACUUACCUAUUUAUUUUUAACAGGUAUCUAUGCCGGAGAUGGAAAACCAUCGGACCUAGACUCAUUUUUGAAGCCUUUCGUGACAGAAAUGAAGCAACUUGAAGAAGGAUUAAUACUUAACGCUGCUCAUGACUCAAACGAAGAAAAAAUUAUCCACGUAAAACUGAGAGCUUUUAUCUGUGAUUCACCAGCUAGAGCAAUGAUAAAAGGUGUUUCAAAUUUCAACAGCAAACAUGGCUGUCUAAAAUGUACAGUCGUCGGAGAAUAUUCCCAUAAAUCGAAUACUGUGACAUUUAUUGAGUGUCACAGUUCUAAAAGAAACAACGGUGACUUUCGUGCGAAGAAGUAUGGACAACAUCACAAGAAAGACUCACCGCUACUUAGCUUAAACAUCGACAUGAUUGAAGAUUUUCCAGUAUCGGACUCGCUGCACUUGAUAGAUCUUGGGUUGAUGAAGAGGCUUCUGAUAGGUUGGAGGGAUGGAAAUUUCGGGAAAUAUUUAACAAAAUGGAAUGCGCAAAAUAUUGAGAAGGUUAACAGCUUUUUAAAAAGUUGUAUUAUGCCUAAAGAGAUACACCGGUCAGUAAGAACCGUCGAUGUUUUAGCUCACUGGAAAGGGUCUGAGUACCGUUGUUUUUUUUACUAUCUCAGUUUUAUAAUACUUCAAGAAGUCCAAAGAGCGGAACCUUAUAAUCAUUUCAUGCAUUUAUUUUGUGCAAUCACUAUUUGCUCCAAUGAUAGUUAUUUCCAUUUACUUCGUAUCGCUGAGGAAAUGUUAAAACACUUUGUUGAACAAUUCAAAACCAUUUAUGGGAAAGACUAUAUAACAAGCAACAUACAUAAUCUCUUACAUUUGGUUGAUGAAGUAAAAAAAUUUGGGAUUCUCCAAAAUUUCAAUGCAUAUUGCUUUGAAAAUAAACUUUACUCCAUAAAAAAAAUGGUAAGGCAAGGAAAUAAAGCACUUCAACAAGUCGCAAACAGAAUUAAUGAAAUGUCGUUAAUGGAUAUAGAAAAGCUAAAUGAAAACAAGAAAUAUCCGGCACUAAAGAAAGGAAAAUGCAGAAAAUCUGGCUUAAUAUUAGAAUUAGGGACGUUUAUAUUGUCAGCAAAGAAACAAGAUAAAUGGUUUCUAACUAAAUCAAACCACGUGGUGGAGUUUGUAUCGGUUAAUUUUAAAAAUAAUGGGAAUCAAGAGCAGGAAAUAGAAAUACAUGGCUAUCAUAUAAUAAACACCCAAAAUGCCUUUGAAGAACCCUUAAGCUCAUCGUUUUUCAACAUUUGUAAAUGUGAUUGCAGAGAAAUGAUUAAAAUAAAAACUGUGUAUAAAGUUGCAGACAUAAAGUGUAAGUUUGUAAGUGUGUUAUUCAAUAAUUUUAUAUAUUUAGUGCCAUUACUUCAUACUCUGUAGUUUAUGGUUUUAAUAAAUAAGACAAAUUUACAAAAAUUUAA